GAGGGCGGGGCCGGAGGUUUCGAUUAGUUGUCUCUGCCGCUGGGGAAGGUAAAGCGGCGACGGCGUCCUCAGGAGCUGUGGGGUCCCCUGCUAGAAGUGGGGGACUCGGCGGGGGAAUCGUUUAAUACUUCAUGAUUGCAACAAGUAUGUGAAAGUUCCCACCAGCCAGUGAGAAUUUCUUCUUUCAGAAGGUUUUUGUUCUUACCGCGCAGCUUUCUGAGUUCUUUUGGUGCCAUGUUUUGUGGCUUGCAUCAAAAGAGGAGUUUGUCUUCAUGAAGAUUCCUAACAUUGGUAAUGUGAUGAAUAAAUUUGAGAUCCUUGGGGUUGUAGGUGAAGGAGCCUAUGGAGUUGUACUUAAAUGCAGACACAAGGAAACACAUGAAAUUGUGGCAAUCAAGAAAUUCAAGGACAGUGAAGAAAAUGAAGAAGUCAAAGAAACGACUUUACGAGAGCUUAAAAUGCUUCGGACUCUCAAGCAGGAAAACAUUGUGGAGCUGAAGGAAGCAUUUCGUCGGAGGGGAAAGUUGUACUUGGUGUUUGAGUAUGUUGAAAAAAAUAUGCUGGAAUUGCUGGAAGAAAUGCCAAAUGGAGUUCCACCUGAGAAAGUAAAAAGCUACAUCUAUCAGCUAAUCAAGGCUAUUCACUGGUGCCAUAAGAAUGAUAUUGUCCAUCGAGAUAUAAAACCAGAAAAUCUCUUAAUCAGCCACAAUGAUGUCCUAAAACUGUGUGACUUUGGUUUUGCUCGUAAUCUGUCAGAAGGCAAUAAUGCUAAUUACACAGAGUACGUUGCCACCAGAUGGUAUAGGUCCCCAGAGCUCUUACUUGGCGCUCCCUAUGGAAAGUCCGUAGACAUGUGGUCGGUGGGCUGUAUUCUUGGGGAGCUUAGCGAUGGACAACCUUUAUUUCCUGGAGAAAGUGAAAUUGACCAACUUUUUACUAUUCAGAAGGUGCUAGGACCACUUCCAUCUGAGCAGAUGAAGCUUUUCUACAGUAAUCCUCGCUUCCAUGGGCUCCGGUUUCCAGCUGUUAACCAUCCUCAGUCCUUGGAAAGAAGAUACCUUGGAAUUUUGAAUAGUGUUCUACUUGACCUAAUGAAGAAUUUACUGAAGUUGGACCCAGCUGACAGAUACUUGACAGAACAGUGUUUGAAUCACCCUACAUUUCAAACCCAGAGACUUCUGGAUCGUUCUCCUUCAAGGUCAGCAAAAAGAAAACCUUACCAUGUGGAAAGCAGCACAUUGUCUAAUAGAAACCAAGCCGGCAAAAGUACUGCUUUGCAGUCUCACCACAGAUCUAACAGCAAAGACAUCCAGAACCUGAGUGUAGGCCUGCCCCGGGCUGACGAAGGUCUCCCUGCCAAUGAAAGCUUCCUAAAUGGAAACCUUGCUGGAGCUAGUCUUAGUCCAUUGCACACCAAAACCUACCAAGCAAGCAGCCAGUCUGGGUCUACCAGCAAAGAUCUCACCAACAACAACAUACCACACCUUCUUAGCCCAAAAGAAGCCAAGUCAAAAACAGAGUUUGAUUUUAAUAUUGACCCAAAGCCUUCAGAAGGCCCAGGGACAAAGUACCUCAAGUCGAACAGCAGAUCUCAGAACCGCCACUCAUUCAUGGAAAGCUCUCAAAGCAAAGCUGGGACACUGCAGCCCAAUGAAAAGCAGAGUCGGCAUAGCUAUAUUGACACCAUUCCCCAGUCCUCUAGGAGUCCCUCCUACAGGACCAAGGCCAAAAGCCAUGGGGCACUGAGUGACUCCAAGUCUGUGAGCAACCUUUCUGAAGCCAGGGCCCAAAUUGCGGAGCCCAGUACCAGUAGGUACUUCCCAUCUAGCUGCUUAGACUUGAAUUCUCCCACCAGCCCAACCCCCACCAGACACAGUGACACGAGAACUUUGCUUAGCCCUUCUGGGAGAAAUAACCGAAAUGAAGGAACGCUGGACUCACGUCGAACCACAACCAGACAUUCUAAGACAAUGGAGGAAUUAAAGCUGCCUGAGCACAUGGACAGUAGCCAUUCCCAUUCGCUGUCUGCACCUCACGAAUCUUUUUCUUAUGGACUGGGCUACACCAGCCCCUUUUCUUCCCAGCAACGUCCUCAUAGGCAUUCUAUGUAUGUGACCCGUGACAAAGUGAGAGCCAAAGGCUUGGAUGGAAGCUUGAGCAUAGGGCAAGGGAUGGCAGCUAGAGCCAACAGCCUGCAACUCUUGUCACCCCAGCCUGGAGAACAGCUCCCUCCAGAGAUGACUGUGGCAAGAUCGUCGGUCAAAGAGACCACCAGAGAAGGCACCUCUUCCUUCCAUACACGUCAGAAGUCUGAGGGUGGAGUGUAUCAUGACCCACACUCUGAUGAUGGCACAGCCCCCAAAGAAAACAGACAUAUGUACAAUGAUCCUGUGCCAAGGAGAGUUGGUAGCUUUUACAGAGUGCCAUCUCCACGUCCAGACAAUUCUUUCCAUGAAAAUAAUGUGUCAACUAGAGUUUCUUCUCUACCAUCAGAGAGCAGUUCUGGAACCAACCACUCAAAAAGACAACCAGCAUUCGAUCCAUGGAAAAGUCCUGAAAAUAUUAGUCAUUCAGAGCAACUCAAGGAAAAAGAGAAACAAGGAUUUUUCAGGUCAAUGAAAAAGAAAAAGAAGAAAUCUCAAACAGUUCCCAAUUCCGACAGCCCUGAUCUUCUAACGUUGCAGAAAUCCAUUCAUUCUGCUAGCACUCCAAGCAGCAGACCAAAGGAGUGGCGCCCCGAGAAGAUCUCAGAUCUACAGACCCAAAGCCAGCCAUUAAAAUCACUGCGCAAGUUGUUACAUCUCUCUUCGGCCUCGAAUCACCCGGCUUCUUCAGACCCCCGCUUCCAGCCCUUAACAGCUCAACAAACCAAAAAUUCCUUCUCAGAAAUUCGGAUUCACCCCCUGAGCCAGGCCUCUGGCGGGAGCAGCAACAUCCGGCAGGAGCCCGCACCGAAGGGCAGGCCAGCCCUCCAGCUGCCAGGCAGCUGCUUGAUGAUACAAGUGAGGUGGACCAUCAGCAGUUUGCCUGGACACUAAUGACUCUAAAAGGGUGUGUAUUUAACUCUUCUUUUUCAUACUAGAUCUCUACCUUGUAUUCCCCCCUUGCAAACCAGAAACUACACUUUUUUCCUCUGGAAAGACUUCUCACUGUGCUAUGCGCUUAGGAACUGCACGGUCCCGUUGCCAUGCUGUGGCACUCGAGGCUCGUUGUCACCUAGGGGCUGGUUUCCCAUGUUGUCAUCCUUGCUAACACUGGGAUCUCAGAUGUUUGCAGAACAUUUCUAUUCAUGAUGGUUCUUCAAAGAAGGGCUAGAAUAUUUGCCUUCUACCUAGAGCAAAGUAAACCUAAUUGCUGAAGAGUCAAUACGUACUUUUUGUACAUUCCCAGAUUUGAGCCAGAAAAUACCUACAGAUAUCUACAUAUGUUUUCAACCAGUGUUUUCGAGGUAGCUCUUUAAUCCUCUUCUCAGCUUUUGUCUGUUCUGACUUUUCAUCCAGUAAGCUGUAAGUGAACUACAGUCUGCAUUUCUAGCAUGCAAUUCUCUUCCUGCUCACGAAGGGGGGAUGAUAAAGUUUUCUCUCAGACCUAAUGGGCCCUCUCUUAGCUUUUAACUGUUGUUUUCCCCUCUUGAUGAAGAAUUAUUGACAUCACAAAGAUUGCCAUCUCUGAUAGAAAGGACUUGAUUUAAAGUCAGAAAAAUUUGCCUUUUCUUUAGGAAGGGGAAUUCAUGACAUCCAUGUCCUAUUAUCGGCCCUAACUUCCUAAAGAAGAAAAAGGGUGAAUGAAAGCUUAUGUUACUUUUAUGAAAGUAUCACUGAUCUCCUUUGGAAAAGAAACUCUGCUUCACUGUUUUUCUACCUUUAUUUCUCUGCUGUCCCUGUUUUUCCUCUCUAACGUUCUAAAUACACUUUAACUGAACCUUGUUUGGUUUUGCUCUAAAAUUUAGCCUCUCUCUAGAGCCCAAGACCAAAAGGGAGUGCUUCAUGCUGAAGGGCUUAAGUGAGCUGACUCUACAGCUGUGGUUCUCAACUAGGGGCAGUUCUCAACUAGGGGCAGAUUUGCCCCCAUGGGCACAUUUGGCGAUGUCUGGGGACAUUUCGUUGUCACAGCUGGGGGUGAUGGUGUGCUACUGGCAUCAAGUGGGUAGAGGCCAGGGAUGCUGCUAAACACCCUGCCAUGCACAGGACAGCCCCCCAAACAAACAGUGCUCCAGCCCCAAGCACCACUGGUGCCAAGGUUGAGAAACCCUGCCCUACACCAUCCCAAGCCCACCAGUCUGCAGAGCUUGGCUCUGGCCUUGUUCUGUCCAGGCUACAGUACUGCAGGUGUGAAUUCUUCAACAUCACAUUCUCUUAAGAGUCUUCGACCACUAUUCCUGAAUCCUUGGAAUCCUAUUGUUCGUUUCCAUUGUCUUGGGCCUGCUAAAAGGUGCAUACUUUGGAAGGAGACCAGAGUUACUUUAUAGGUGUUGGAGAACUUAAAUUCUAGGUUAGCAUCCUUAGAAAAUCUUUCAUAGAGCCAUGAGGCUUAUAUUUAGAAGCAAGCAACAGCCUGGCAGAUUGGCAUGAUUUUUACCAACUGCUCGAAGGCAUCCAUGGCUUUUAGCUGUGUCUCCCGAAAGAAAAUGUCUUUGUUUUUUAUUCAAGUCAUUUAAUAGCUCUUUACAAAUAUUAGCAUAUGGCAGACCAAUUAGAAGCAAAAAAGUCCGUAUUGGUGGUUGUGAUGUGGCUGUUAUAGAAGUAUUUGUGCUGUAUGCUUUGGUUAAAUCUGUUUUAAAACAUGCUUUAAGAUUCACCUUAUGCAGUUGUACUUUAAUUCUAAGCUCAGAGCUAUGCUGUCAGUCUCUAGUCACGCUGUGUAUUAUAAAGUAUGUUGUGGUUGUAGAGUUAGCCAGUUUAGCAUGUUCCUAAUCUGAGAAUUAGUGGACUAUACUAGGAAAUGCUAUCCCAUUGUCCCUUUCCAGCCCCUCUUAGUUAAGAUCAUAGUAUCCUCACUUCUUAAACUAGUCUUUAGAGUAAAUAAGGAAAAAAGCCAUUUAUUUUCUUCUAGCCAUGUAUUAUUGAGAAUGACUCAUAGUGUACAACUUUUUUUCAAAGGCCAGAGGAUUACUUUUCAAGUGUGUAGAAAGAUCUAUUUCUGUUCACCUAGGAGCUGGUGGUGACUGAACUCUUUCAGCAAGGGCAGUGGCUCAAUGUGUUGCAGUGCUGGAGCUCAGCUGGGACUCAGUAAAUCUGCACAUUCUCUGCUGGUCAGAACAUGUUUCCUGGAUAGCAUUGCUUUUCUAUCUAGAAGUUUGUUCCCUCCUGCAUGGUAGUGGGAUAUUGAGCUCUCUGUGGGUUCUAAGAUCCACAGACUCAUACUUUUGUGAACUUUGGAAUGUGGUAGGGUACAGUGAACCAAGUCAGAAAAUAGUGAAAUAUUUCCUUGCCUCCUUCAGUUCAUCACUAAGAAAAUGUGCAGGCAGAGAAAACUUACUUACGGUUUAAGAAACCACAAUUCUGGUUUUUUUGAAAGGGGACAUAGAAAAGACAGUACAAAGGUUGUAAGUGUCCUGUCUCCCAGGGCCAGAAUCUCACAAGAAGGUCCUCUCAGAGACGUAAAAGCCUGGCUUACAAAAAUAACCAGAAACUAAACUUGUAAGCAGUUAUGAUUUCUUCCUUUUGCUUCUUGACCAGCUGAGAUACAGAAUAUCUUGAGGUCUGGUUCAGCUGAUGAAACAUUCUGUCUCAGAAAUGAUGAGUAAGAAACCAUGCAAGAAAAUGAAGUCCCUCAUCUAUCUGCAUACAUGCGAUGUGGGAGAAGUGGAGUGGCUAGGAAACUCUGGGCCUGCUGCCCCUUCGAUUCUUUUUCUUUGUGAAUUGAAUGUACUAUACAAAUGGUAGGCUUUCGUGUGAGCCAGUUACUACAUGAAUCUUCAUUUCCCACAGUGGUUUGUUCAUUCAUCAGCGUUAGGCUUGGUCCUGGCUCCACUUUUCUCCUCUCCGGGCACUGACCCCACCCUUCCAUGUAUCUACUGUAGGCUAUUAAAUAUGAUCAUGACCCGCCUUGCAUUUUCAUUCAUCAACUGUUUACUCCCAAAUUUAAGGGAAGUUUGUCUCAUUUUGCCAGAAAAAAUUUGUAAUAGUCGGCACGCUGGAUUUGUAGGGCCAGCAAAAUUGUGGCAGUGAAACUAGUUUCACUUCUAAAGCCCUUCAUUUCUCACAAGGUUAAGCUCUCGAAACCCCAUUUGAUCCUUGGGUCCUAUUUCGAUCCUCCUUUGGAAUCUGAAAAUCGGUCUCCAUGUUGUAUGCAGAUUAGAAGUUGCCUUGUUCGUUACUCUUCCAACACAGAGUAUCAGGGAGAAAGAGGCCUUAUCUGUUCCUCCAUCCCCCCUGUUUUGACAGACUGCUAAGAAUUCCUCAGGACUUCCUUUGGUUGGGGAUUUUACUUUCCCAAAAGUCUGAUCUGAUUUCUUUCAGGGGUAGACAAGCUUGUCCUAGUGCUCUGCUUCAGGUCUAAUCAGAAGAAACCCAGGAAUAGAAAAGGUAGAUGCCUUGACUUUUGUCCCUGUUGUGGGGACUAAAGUGUUUAUUGCCAGAAUUGUCAAAAGCUCCAGUUCAAACUCUGUAGAGUUUCACGGAAAAACAAAACAAAACAAAACAAACAAGAUGCUUAUCGUCCCGGAGAAUGUGUAAGUUUUCCAGCACGGCUUAGGUUUUCCAAAAUGGAAAGCAAAGCUUGCAGAGAACCUGUUUUCUCUAGAGACAGACAACUGAUUCUGGCCCUCAGUCUGUUUCCCUCUCCUUGUUUACUCUUUGGUCACCGAUCGAGUCAGGCUAGAGGGGUAAUACGGUGAUUAAAAGAAGUAAAUUCGCACUGUAAACUUGGAUUGAUUAACAGAAACAAUUAAACCAAACAAAAUCAUUGCCCCAAAUUUCUAUCUCCAAGAAUUGCUUUGUGCCAUUUUGAAUUCAGGUAGUUAUUCUGUAUAUACUUAGCUGACUAUUCAGAGCUUCUUCAAUCUCUAGUAAGCUUGAAGGUGGUGUCUGGGAAGACACAGGGCAGGGUGACAUUGAGACCCUGUUCAUUCUUAGAAAUAAAAAUAGGGAUAAGCCAGAAUGAUGUGACAUCUAGUAUGUGGUAGAUGAAGAAUCAGUGGAAAUUCUUAAUUGCACAGACUUUAUAAUCCAUUAUAUAAAGUGUAAUUCCAUACUUUCUACUGUGGCAAGGGUGUGAUGUGAUUGUUAAUCUUUUUAAUUUUUGAAUCCAAACUGAAUUUAAAGUGUUGAAUACUUAAAUCCUCACAAGUGAAUUAUGAACCAUUUGUAAAGUGUUUCUAUAACUCUUUGUAUCAUGUGUUGGUACAUCUUAUCAAGUUUUUUCUGGCAUGUAAUUCCAUUCUAAACUUAUGUAAAAUUUCUAUUGUUGCUGUAAAUAUUACACAAAUAUCUACUCCGUGAUAACCUUCAUUAUCAGCAUGAAAUGGUUAAUUUUUACUGAGCACAAUGUAUUUUUGAAUGGAUCUUCCCAAAUGUCUUUAAUAAAAUGCAGAUUUUGCACUGACUGAUGUGACUGCCAGGCCGUCCCAAUCUUGAGCACUGUGGUCCUUGUGUUUGAACUGGGAACAGCUCCAUUUUAGUUCCUUCUUGGGAAGAAAGAAUGCAUUCGAAUUCAGAUAAAGGAUGAUGGGCCUUUGAGGUUGUAAUCAGUUUAAAAGAAAUUAAUGUAAAACUGGGCAAAUCCUGUAACUUAAUGAUGUUGAUCUUUGUUUUCCUAUUUAUAAAGCUUUUUUUCCCUUA